AUGACCAGGCUCACCAUCAACCCCGAGAACACAGUCUUCGACGUGAAGCGUCUCGUCGGCCGCGAUUACAAGGACAAAUCGGUUCAAGAGGAUAUCAAGCUGUGGCCCUUCAAGAUCGUCGACAAGAGCAACAAGCCGUACGUGCAGGUGAAGGUCGGCAAGGAGGACAAGCAGUUCACCCCCGAAGAAAUCUCCGCCAUGGUGCUGAUCAAGAUGAAGGAGAUCGCCGAGAGUUACUUGGGCAAGGAAGUCAAGAACGCCGUCGUCACUGUGCCCGCUUACUUCAACGACGCCCAGCGCCAGGCCACCAAGGACGCCGGAACCAUCGCCGGACUCAACGUUGUCCGUAUCAUCAACGAGCCCACCGCUGCCGCCAUUGCCUACGGACUGACAAGAAGGAGGGUGCUCGCCACCAACGGAGAUACUCACUUGGGAGGAGAAGACUUCGACCAGCGCACCAUGGAGUACUUCAUCAAGCUGUAUAAGAAGAAGACUGGAAAGGACAUUCGAAAGGAUCACCGUGCCGUCCAGAAGCUCCGCCGCGAGGUCGAGAAGGCCAAGCGAGCCCUGUCCACGCAGCACCAAGUCAAGGUCGAGGUCGAGGCCAUGUUCGACGGAGAAGAUUUCUCGGAAACGCUCACUCGUGCCAAGUUCGAAGAGCUGAACAUGGAUCUCUUCCGCGCCACCCUCAAGCCGGUCCAGAAGGUUCUCGAGGAUUCCGAUCUGAAGAAGACUGACGUCCACGAGAUUGUCCUCGUCGGAGGCUCUACAAGAAUCCCCAAGGUCCAGCAGCUCAUCAAGGAAUUCUUCAACGGCAAGGAGCCAUCGCGUGGCAUCAAUCCUGAUGAGGCCGUCGCCUAUGGUGCUGCCGUUCAAGGAGGUGUUAUUGCUGGAGACAGCGGAACCGGCGACAUUGUGCUGCUCGACGUCAACCCGCUCACCAUGGGUAUCGAGACCGUUGGAGGAGUGAUGACGAAGCUGAUCCCCAGGAACACUGUUAUCCCGACCAAGAAGAGCCAGGUCUUCUCCACGGCCGCCGACAAUCAGAACACUGUCACCAUCCGCGUCUUCGAAGGUGAACGCCCGAUGACCAAGGACAACCACGAGCUCGGAAAGUUCGACCUCACUGGCAUCCCUCCGGCCCAGCGCGGAAUCCCCCAGAUUGAGGUUACCUUCGAAAUUGACGUCAACGGCAUUCUCCACGUCACCGCUGAAGACAAGGGCACUGGCAACAAGAACAAGAUCACCAUCACCAAUGAUGCCAACAGGUUGUCGCCCGAAGACAUUGAGCGCAUGAUCAAUGAUGCCGAGAAGUUCGCCGAUGAGGACAAGAAGCUGAAGGAGCAGGUCGAAGCCCGCAACGAGCUCGAGUCGUACGCCUACAGCCUGAAGAACCAGAUCGGCGACAAGGAAAGCUCGGCGGCAAGCUUGACGAUGACGACAAGAAGACGAUCGAGACUGCCGUCGACGAGGCCGAUCUCAUGGCUCGACGACAACAAGGAGGCUGGCGUCGAGGAGCUGAAGGAAAAGAAGACCGAGCUCGAGGGCAAGGUGCAUCCGAUCGUCUCCAAGCUGUACAAGGACGGCGAGGGUGGCGGUGCUGAAGCUGGCGGAGAAGCCGAAGAGAAGGAUGAAAAGGACGAGUUG